AAUUAAUUUAACAAUUUGAAUAUUUUACAAACAGAAUAAUACCAUAAAUUUCUGAAAGAAAUGAAUUCCAAAUUGAAAAAUAAAACUUAAAUAGAUAAGAAAUCUAUGUCUAGAUAGGAGGAAUUUAAAAAGUAUGUUGAAGAUUAACAAUUAAUAGAGUAGUUUUCUGAUUUGUUUGUUACCCUAUAUGAUAAAAAGAUGCCUUAAAAAUAAGACGCAGACAGGUUAGUAAAAGAUUUCUUUUGCCCUAAAUAAAUUGCAUAAAUGAGAGAUAGCAUAGAAAAUUAUAAAAAAGAAAAUGAACAACUGAAAAAAUAAAUUAAUGAUAUGAAAUAAAAAAUUAAGCUAGUUAAAGAUAAUUCUACUAAAAGAAAAGUAUAAUAAUCAUAAAACUACUAUCAGAACUGA